AUGGCUGAGACCGAAAAUAUGCGCACACUUUGUCUCCUAGGAUGUGGAAACCUGGGAACUGCGAUCCUCAGAAGCUUGCUGCAAAAUUCUGAAGAUAAACGCACUUCCUUGCCAUUCGCCCGAUAUAUCGCCUGCGUACAGAGUCAAACCUCGGAGCUGCGACUGGCCUCGCAAUUCCCCCAGUUUGCGGAAAAAUUCCUCAUCUACAGAGACAACAACAUGGACGCCGUGCGAGACUCGGACGUGAUAAUCCUUGCACUUGAUCCCAGCCGUAUUGAGGCUGAAUUGACACAGCCUGGUCUUCGGGAUGCCCUAGCCAACAAAUUGCUGAUCAGCGUUGCUGCUGGUUGGACACGACAGAAGCUCGAGACCACCCUGUACGGCAGCGCAAUCACAUCAAGCAAUACAGAUGGGCGGGUAUGGGUCGUUCGCACCCUGCCUAAUAUUGCCGCACUGGUUUCACAGUCUCUCACAGCCAUUGAGAUUUCAGAGCCUACGGUACCCGAGGCAUCCCUCCGAGUUAUCGAUUCAAUCUUUGGGAAACUGGGCAAAACAGUUCACAUUCCCCCCAGUCUGAUGGACGCCGCUACAGCUGUGGCGGGCUCAACACCAGCGAUGUUUGCUGUGAUUGUGGACGCCAUGAUUGACGCCGCUGUAGCAGUGGGCAUGCCCCGGGACAUGGCGCAUGUGAUGAUCUUCCAGGCUAUGCAAGGUGCGGCCAGUCUUCUCCAGAGCGGAGUACAUCCGGCCCUUCUGAAGGACCAAGGGACGUCUCCUGAAGGCUGUACUAUUGGUGGUCUGAUGAUGAUGGAGGAGGCAGGAGUACGGGGUCACGUUGGGAGAGCACUGCGGGAGGCUGUUACGGUUGCCCGCCAAAUAUAG